AUGCGGCAGAAUGAUUGCUUCGUGAUAGCAUGUGCAUGCCUGUUCUUGGCCGGCAAGAUUGAGGAGACGCCCAAAGCCCUGACAGACAUCCUGAAGGUUGUGAGCGGCGUCCGCUUUGCUAAGCAGCCCCGGGAGCUGGAGCAUGUCAUGGCAAUGCAGGAUGAGCUGCGGGAGCGGGUGCUGCAAGCGGAGCGGGCGGUGAUGUAUGCGCUGGGGUUCAACAUGAGCAUCCUGCACCCCUACAGGAUCGCGCUCAACCUGGUCAACGAGCGCGGCUUCCGCCUCAAGAUGCACACCCCCCUGCGCAACAACCUCUACGACCUCCCCCAGAUCAUCUUCAACACGCAGCUGAGCCUGCAGUACAAGGCGGAGCAGAUAGCGGUGGCGGUGGUGCACCUGGCCAUGAAGAUGCUGCUGUCAGAGGCCCCCCUGUGGGACGGCAGGCACUGGUGGCAGCACUGCAACGUCACCGCAGCCCAGCUCCAAGACAUGUUAUCUCAGAUACUGGAGGUCCUGGAUCAGAGGUCGAGGCAGGUCGACUACAGCAAUUUUGGGCCGCAUUUCUUACCACAAUCGCAAAGCUACGAGGGGACACAGCAGAAUGAGAGCCCAGAUCCAGGCAGCAGCACACACGUCAUGGUGUCAGAGGAAAUGGCUGCACCAGGGGCAGCGUCACAGCCACUCACAGACUCGCAAAUCUCUGAAGCUGGCUUGAAGAUUGCGGAACCUCUGGUGGGCAGUGACAAUGGGAUUCGCAUGAGCCAACAAGCUGGUGUGGAUGGAAUAGCGGCAGAAAGGACACAGGAUGCACAUCCUCCAAGUGCUUAG